AUGGCGUAUCAUUGUAGGACGUGCGCUACUAAUGAGGAUUCAUCACGAAUUCCAACACAAAGUGCGAUUGCGGGUUAUCUUCCUAUUGUGGAAAGAAAAUUGCUGUUAGAGAAGUUUAUUACCAUUGCAGUACUUGUUUUAUUCGUUAUGAUAAUGUCAUCUGCGAUCGUUGCUACGCCGGGUCAAAUCACGCUGGACAUGAUGUUGCCACAAUCGAAAAUUCCUGGCCGAGCGCAUGGUGUGAUUGCGGUGACUAUUCCAUUAAUUGCAAAUAUCAUCCCCCGACAGAAUCUGAUAAAUAUCCUGGAACUACUGCUUAGUUUUGUGGUUACACAAGCAUACUCUCAGAAAUCAUGCGAUUACUUGAGAAAAUAUUUAAAUGAAAAUUAUGAUCAACUAACAUGGAAAGAAAAGAUCGAAAUUUGUGUCGCUAUAAUUGAUGCGCUUGAUAAAAUCCACGAAGAAAAAGCAAUUCAUAGGGAUUUACACUCAGGAAAUGUAUUAUUUUCGAAAUAUUCUAAUACUUGGUAUAUUAGUGACCUUGGAUUUUGUGGUCCUAUUCAAAAGCCAUUAGGUAGUAUAUAUGGAAAUCUUCCCUAUAUAGAUCCUCAGGUUAUUGCCGGAAAAGAUUAUACUUGUGCAUCAGAUAUUUAUAGUAUUGGUAUGCUUAUGUGGGAAAUUUCAUCCGGGAAACCACCUUUUCCAGAAUUUGAUCAAGAUUGCUAUCUUGCAUUUAUGAUAUUGAAUGGAAUGAGACCAAAAACAAUAAUAGGAACUCCUUUGGAAUAUAAAAACUUAAUGGAACUGUGUUGGGACGCAGACCCAUUAAAGAGACCUGAUAUUAACACUAUUGUGAAGGAAAUUACAGAAAUACAAAAAUCAUAUUAUCAAAUUGAAACUGAUGAAGGAAAAACAAUUGUAUCUAAUGAGGGAAUU